CAGCUUCCUACAAUUCCAUUGUUAUAUUUUUGAAAUCUUGAAAAAUGCCUCUCACUGUCUCUCUCGUAACCGACUCCUCGGAUUUCGACCAAAUCAUUCCCAUGGACUACGAUGCCUGGAGAACACCCUACAAUCCUCAACUAAAGCACUUCAGGCCUCCCUUCCCUACACGUGAAGAGUCGCUGGCACACGCAAAGGAGAAAGCCACGAAGAAAUUCGAAGAACACGAUCCUGACUACUUCAUGGUCAAAGUCACAGACACAGCAACCAGUGAGAUAAUCGGCUGGGCGACCUGGGCAAUAAACGACCCGCAAAAGUCUACUGGUGAGAAGACGGUAGCGCACUGGCAUGCAGAAGGUAGCGAGGAGAGAGAGUUUGCGGAGAUGUUUAUUAAUGGGUUAUGGGGCUUUAUUGCGGAGAGGGUUACAAGGAAGCAUAUGGACCUUUUGUCGAUUGUUGUCCACCCCUCACACCGCCACCGUGGUGCAGGCCGUCUCCUGAUCCGCUGGGGCACCGCCAAAGCCGACGAACUCGGAAUCGAGACCGUUAUUUCUUCUCUAGCCUCUGCGCGAGGCGCGUAUGAAAAGUGCGGGCUUGGGUGUAUCGAGAUUAUUCCUCCGGAUCCAGAAUUGCAGAGGAGCCUGGAGAACUUGGAGAAGGCUGGGCGGGGCCAGAAAUGGAAGGAGUUGCUGGAAGAUGAUUUGAGUGGAUGGCUAAUGUGGCGACCGAUAGGGAGGGAUUGGAGGGAGGGAGAUAGGGCGCCGUGGUGUGAGUGA